AUGGGCAUCAACUUUUAUCUAAGCUAUCAAUGGCUGCACUGGACGAGGCCAAGUGGUCCUCCAUCCUCGUUGCCCAACGGCAUAGAGAGAACGUUUAUCAAGACGGCGGGCGGAGACAUUGAGCUUCUCUCCGCCAAGCCGUCAGAGCCCAUCUCAAAGACACCCAUUGUAUUUGCGCACGGUGGUAUGGGCAGUGCCUGGGUCUGGAUACCUUAUAUGAAGUACCUCCAGGAACGAGGAAUCACCUCGUAUGCCGUGUCGACGAGGGGCCACGGGGAGAGUUGGCACCCUUCCUUCUUCCGCAUGAUGUAUGCAACUACGAAGCGCAUGCUCGGAGACGACUUGGUGGCGGGAAUCAAGGCCGUGGAGAGGAUGGAAGGGAGCGAGGUGGUCCUCGUUGGGCACUCCAGCGGGGGCGGCCUCAGCCAAUUUAUCGUCAACGAGGGCGAUGUCAAGGUCAAGGGCCUUGGGUUGCUUGGAGCAGUUCCCGGUACAGGCUCGUAUCAUGUCUAUUACAACUGGUGGCGUUUCGAUCCCUGGUUCAGUCUCCGGAUGAUAUUCCACGGCUGGCAUUCGAAUUCACCCCUUUCCCAUCCGUUCCUAACUAGACAGGCCUUCUUCAGUCCAGAGUACCCUGAUACAAAGCUCCUUGAGUUCCAGCGACAUCUCAACCGCUACGAAAGCUUCCUUUGGCCCUUGGGGAUGCUUUUGCCCUUUAUUGACGCCAAGAAGCUCGUGAGCAACAUCGCUGGGUGGGGAAAGGGCGACAGGAUUUUGAUCAUGGCAGGUACCGGCGACAAGAUGAUGACAAAAGAGGUACAGCAGAAGUCUGCAGCAACCUAUCGCGAGGCCGUAGAAGAGAUGGCUGUAGAGAAGCGAAUCGAUGCUUCCCUCGAAAAGGUUCAGUUGUUGGGUGGCGACGGAGAAAGGGAUAAUUCUGGAAAAGGCGUUCGACUGGCUUUUGUCCCUGGUGCUGGACAUCACGUUCAAAAUGACGUGCAAUGGAAGAUUGGUGCUCAGAAACUGCUUGAAUUUCUGCGUCAGCUCUAG